GCCGCCACCGACUCCAGUCAUAAAGUCUAUCGUGGAACCGUCUACCAACUUAGUUGUUGAGCCCUCAACUCCAACGCCGCCUCCAACUGUAGUCAUAAAGUUUAUCACGGAACCGUCUACCAACUUAGUUGAUGAGCCACUCGUGGCAUAUGACAUCGUGACCGCGCGCAAGCGACGUCAAGUUUUGGAGAUAAGCACUACCACAUCACCCAUCGAAAGCACAACAGUACCUGAUGUAAUCGAAACAAGUACAAUGACUGACGGCCGACAAGCCGUGGAGGGCAUUACAGUAAUGCUGGACCUAAGCGCGCCGGUAAGCAGCACUGAAUCACCGAUAUCAACAACCGUUACCACUACCCAACUCGAACCCUUCAUUCCACUCAUAGGUUUCGACGUCUCCAUACUACCAGCCUCUGUGUCACACGUACCUUUUGUACCACGCAUUCCAAUCGACUCAACAACAACUAGCACUUCAACUGAGGCGUCGAUAGUUUUGCCAGGGCAAGUCGUUGCAGUUACCACACCACAUUUCCCGGCUCAGAGUCGACGCAUCGCACGCGCGGUAUCUUUCAAUGUUAUGGACCAGAGGAAAAUGACAAAAGCCACACCUGUCCCACCAUUGCCUCAAACAGAUGCACGCGGUACGAAAAUGUCCCAUUUGCCACGUAGCUCGCGUAAGUUACGCGCUGUGGAUGAGGCUGCUGUUGCAGCUCCACUCGCAGAGAAGGAGGGCAGCACUGUCGUUGCGGAGCAAGAGGUGACAACGCAGGCCAACAAUUGCGAUAUUGGGUGCACGAAAUUCGAUUUUAAUCCUGUUUGCGCUUUCAAUGGCGAGUGCUAUCACCAAUUUCCCAAUCAAUGUGUUAUGGAUACAUUCGUGUGCAAGCGUCCUGAUUUGGGCUUCAAAUCAACACCGCGCCAACGUUGUGCAAUGCAUUGGCUCAAGCAUUGUAAGGCAGAGGAGCUGAAGAGCGAAUAGUGGUUAGUUAGGGGUAAGAAGUAAAUCCCUUCCUUAUUUGUUUUAAUAAUUUUAUCAUAUAAGUAUUAAAAAGUUAU